AUGUCGAACUCCGAACAGCCCAGUCAUAGCUCGACUCCGAGAUCCUUCACAAGCCAGACUGUCUCUGCAGAAGACUUACUCAAGUCGCAGACGGUUGGUCUGGUGCAUCUCUCCGAUUUUCGCAAACGCCGCGCAGAGGUCCUCGAGCAGAAAGAACGAGAAGCCCAUGAUAAAUCGCUUGGGAGAAGCUCAGCCGGUAUUUCUAGAAGUGCCACUCCUUCUACGGGCGACAUAACUGACGGCGACGGCCCUCCCAAGAAGAAAAAGAAGAAGCCGCUCGUGAAGAGCAAGCUCUCAUUCCACAACGACGAGGAGGAAGAGGAAGAGGUCGACAGCGCUGCCGGUACCCCACGCGAUUCCAGUGUUCCGCGGUCCGCCUCGAGGACUCCAGUCGACGAUGGCUCUGCGCCACCAUCACGGCGCAUCACACCCAACCCCAAUGCCCCUCCACCACCGAAGGCGAUGACAAAAGCGGCCUUGAAAGCCGAGGCAGAGGCGCGCGAUGCUCUCCGUCGGGAGUUCCUGGCCAUGCAGGAGGCCGUGAAGAACACCGAGAUAUUGAUUCCCUUUAUCUUCUACGAUGGAACGAAUAUCCCCGCUGGGACAGUUAAAGUCAAAAAGGGCGACCCCGUGUGGCUGUUUCUCGACAGAUGCCGGAAGGUCGGAGCCGAGCUCGGCGUCAGUGGUAACAGCCAAGCAUCCAAAGCGCGCAAAGACAACCGGCGCGAAUGGGCUAGAAUUAGUGUCGAUGACUUGAUGCUGGUCAAGGGCGAGGUCAUUGUGCCACAUCACUACGAGCUAUACUAUUUUAUUGCCAACAGCGUCCCCAGCUACACAAGCGCCGGUGGCCUGCUGUUCGAUUACUCUAACAAGCCGCCGGCGGCUUCACAAACCGACGAUCCUCUCUCAAAGCCGAAUAGUGAUCAGUUGGAAGGAGCUGAUAAGGAUCCCACCCUGACCAAGGUGGUCGAUAGACGCUGGUAUGAGCGCAACAAGCACAUCUUCCCUGCGAGCCUGUGGCGGGAAUAUGAACCUGGACCGGAGUUUGAGGAAAAAAUGCGGACGACAAGGCGCGAUGCGUCCGGAAAUACGUUCUUCUUCUAGAGCGCUGGUGCAGGGAAGAGUAGACUUAUAGGGGAUGUGCUAGAGAGCGAGAAGUGUUAUGUAUGCUAAGAUACCCGUAUAAACCCUUUGGCAGUAUAUAGUCGAAGUUGAGAUAUUUACCAUUUUGAGA